AUGAAACAUUCCAACUCCACCAACCCCUCCAGGCAGCCCACACCACAGCCCUUCCAGACCGCGGCGGACCUCAACAACGAGAUCGUCCGUCUGAGCCGCCACACCAUCGACCUGCUCAACGCCCGUGCCUACGACGACCCUUUCUUCCAGAACCACGUCUCCCCGUCCGUCUACACCAACUACAACGACCAGCAGGUCGGCUGGAGUCGCGAAGGCUUCAUUGCCGCCUACCGCCGCGACGCGGACGUCAACCCGGACUUCUUCUGCGACGUUGAAAGGUCGACGGCUGUUGCUGAUGAAGCGCAUGGGACUGCGACGACGAUAUCGAAUCAUGUGGCGAAGGGCUUCGAAGACGAACGCAUGCGAGGGAAGCGGAGGGUGGGGAGCACGUUGUGGCAUUGGAGUAAGGUCGACGGGAGGUGGUUGCUGCAGAGCUGUAGCAUUAUGAUGGGGGCGGCUGAGUUUGUGGACUGA